UUUGCGUUUUACGUCACCUGACGUUUUGACCCUCCCAGUCUUCCGUAGUCGCACCGGCUGUCACAGAGGGCUAUCGUAUCGGCUGGCUUGCACCUAGAGGUGGGGUAGAAAAGUCGACAAUGGCGGAUGUGCAUCCCCAGGACGACCUGCUGAAAAUGACACACAGAGAGAACUGGAAGGUGCAGCAUGAGCGUCUGCACGUGAAGCACCGGGGACACGAGGCCAUGCACGCCGAGAUGGUGCUGAUCCUCAUCGCCACGCUGGUGGUGGCCCAGAUCGUCCUGGUGCAGUGGAAGCAGCGGCACCACCGCUCCUACAACCUGGUGACUCUGGUCCAGAUGUGGGUGGUUCCUCUUUACUUCACCAUCAAACUGUACUGGUGGAGGUUUCUGUCCAUGUGGGGGAUGUUCUCCGUCAUCACCAGCUACGUCAUCUUCAGAGCCACCCGCAAGCCGCUGGCCUGCAGGACGCCCAGGAUGGUCUACAAAUGGUUCCUGUUGAUCUACAAGCUGAGCUAUGCGGUCGGGGUUCUGGGCUACCUGGCCAUUAUGUUCACCAUGUUCGGCUUCAACGUCUUCUUCAGGAUCAAAGCGGAGGACUCUAUGGAUGUCGGCGUGAUCAUGCUGUUCUACGGGCUUUACUACGGCGUCAUGGGCAGAGACUUUGCUGAAAUCUGCUCUGACUACAUGGCCUCCACAAUUGGGUACUACAACAAGGGAGGCAUGCCGAGCCGGAGCCUGACCAACGACAUCUGUGCAGUGUGCGGUCAAAGGAUCCUGGUGGAUGUGGAGGAGGAAGGAUUCAUAGAGGACACCUACCAGCUCUCCUGUGGACACAUAUUCCACGAGUUCUGCAUCCGCGGCUGGUGCAUCGUGGGGAAGAAGCAGACGUGUCCGUACUGCAACGAGAAGGUGGACUUGAAGAGGAUGAUGAACAACCCCUGGGAGAAGACACAUGUCCUGUACGGGCAGCUGCUCGAUUGGCUCAGAUACUUGGUGGCCUGGCAGCCCAUCAUCAUCGGUAUCGUUCACGGGAUUAACUUCACCCUCGGCCUCGAGUAGCACCCUGAGGAACGCCGACGUAAGUACGCCUGGAGUCGAGGAAAGCGCGAUAAAUGUUCAGCAGCACAUGGAGGAAGUCCCCGCUAUGAGAAACCAAUUCUGGCUGCUUCCCGAGUCUUUUGCUUUGUGUUUUUGGACUUGCACAAGUUUACUGCUCGCAGGCGGUCUGGGUCUCUGCGUGCAAAAGGACACCAAGAACCCAAAACUGCUGCCAAGUUGAACAAACCCAGUCAAGCACAGAUUCAGCUUCGGACUGUUUGAUGCUAGGAAGUUUGGAGUGUCGCCACGCAUGCUGUUCGUGUCGAGGCGACGUUGCCACUUUGCGGUUUUAUUUGCACACUCCUCCCUGCUGGUUUUGUCGAUUCUGCUCGUCAGACUUUUCUGUCUAAAAAGCUGUGGAAAACCUGUUUACAUUUCGUACGCCUUUGUUUGUUGCAGAAUUCUCAUUUUAUUUUUUAUGGAGCUGCAGUUGUUGCUGAAAAUGUUCAACUUAAUGUAGCAGCUGAUUAACAGCUCCGUAGGCUUGUGGCAGCCAAAUCUUCACGAUGACUCAAGGGGUCAGUUCAAGUGUCAUGUUUUAUAAUGGCUUUGCUGGGAUUCGCCCAACACGGCAGCUCAAACAACUAACCUGUUGACAUUUGGUGGUUUAAUUUGGAAAUGUUGGAAGUUUCCCGUCAUGUAACGGAGCUUUCUUUUGCCAAAUCGGACAGAGAUUGCUUCUUUAUGAAAACUGCUGCUGAUGAAAACUUUUUCAAUAAAUAUUUAUAAAGUUA